AUGCGCGGGACGGGCGCGGGACGUCCGCGGCGCCGCGGCGCGGCGCCGGCGCGCGCGAUUCCCCCCCUUCUCGCGCUCGCGACGCUCGCCGCGCUCGCGUGCGUCCCUUCCCUCGCGCGCGCGGCGUCGUCGUCGUCGUCGUCGUCGUCGUCGUCGUCGUCGUCGUCGUUCGACGCCGAUCGAUUCGACGCGGACGACGCCGCGUCGUCGCUCGCGCCGGAGAUCCCGCACGCGGCGAAGGCGAUCCUGAGCGCGCGCGCGCGCGACGAUCCCCUCGGCCGCCUGGACGCGUACGCGAGCUUGUCCGAGAAGGAGAAGGACGCGUGGCGCGCGGCGGGGCGGCGCGCGCGCGCGGCGCGCGGCGGCGGGCGGCGCGCGUUCGAGGAAAAGUUCGCGCGUUGGGAUCGCGCGGAGACGCGCUCGGUCACCGUGGAGGUCAAGCUCGUCGGCUUCGACGGCGACGGGAACGAGCGCGUGCGGUUGGGCGAGAGAGACUUCGCGCCGUACCUCGACGCGCUCAGGGCGGACGUGCGCGCGCACGCGCUGCGCGUGCCGUUCGACGACGACGACGACGACGACGGAGGAGGAGGAGGAGGAGGAGGUGGUGGACGCGAUCGACGCGAUCGACGCGACCGCGAUCAUCACGACCACAACCACUCGCUGCCCAUCGCCACGUCGUUCUACUUCCACGUCACGAAGGCGCCGAAGACGCUCGCGAGCGACGUCCACGCCGCGAUCGAUCGCGCGGCCGCGAGCGCGAAGGGCGCGAAGACGACGGGGUGGAGCCGCGCGCACGACGCCAUGGUGGCGAUCCCGCACGCCGUCGCGGACGCGCUGAUCCGCGCGGAUCACGCGAGGGCAUCCGCCGCGGCGUUCACGCUGUACGUCAUGAACCCGAGGACGCUGUCGUCCGGGAAGCUCUACGCGUACACGUACGACGAGGAGGGGGGUGCCGAUGGGGGUGCCGACGACGUCGGAAACGUCGGCGCGUGCCCCGGCCAGCUGUACGUCGCCGAUCGCCGCUACGCGUGGAUCGACCUCACCGCCGGGCCGACGUCGUACGGCCCCGCGGACGGCGGCGAGGGCGCGGCGUGGAUGACGCUUCCCAGGGUGACGGAGGCGCAUCGCGCGCGGCCGGCCGCGCUCGUCGUGCCGCUGCUCGGCGCGCUUCGACGCGCGUGCGACCACCUGUUCGCGCCCGCGUUGGAUCGCGCGCCGAGCGCGCAAUGGGACGAGACCGAGAUCGCCAUCCUGCGCGUCACGGACGUCCCGAACGGGAACGCCGAUCGCGCGCCGCGCGUGGACGCGGACGCGAUGACGCGGCUGUUCAACCGACGCGCGGGCGCGCGCGACCGCGAGGGGCGAGGGGCGGAAGGGGCCAGCACGGCGUCGACGAAGACGAAGACGACGGUGACGGACCGGGAGGUGAGCGUCGGCGACUGCGCGUCGUGCGCGGCGGCGAUGUACCGCGCGCUGAAGGCGAGCGCGCGCCACGCGGGCGCGCCGUCCGGGACCACCGGCGGGUUCGGGAUCGGCGACGACCGCGGGACCGUCGCGGCAAAAUACGCGUCAGGGAGGCACAGGGAGUUCCUCGACGCCGCGGAGCUGCGGUAUUGGCUGCGCGCGUUUCGAGGGAGGAUCGAGGCGGAGACGCGCGCGACGCUCGGCGCGCCGGGGUCGGGCGAGAUUCUCGAAACGGAUAAAAGUGGGCGGUUACGACGUGGAGAAAACGCGCGACGACGACGCAGACGCGUCGUUCCCGUGUUCCUCUUCGAUCUCGUGCGAUCCGAGCCGCUGCUCUUCGACGGCGCGCGACGAGCGGUCGCGUUCUCGGAUAUGGUCGUCGCCGUGCGAACGCUCGCGCCGACGCUCCCGGCGUCGUCGUCGUGCGAGGGGAAGCGCGUGCUGUUCGAGCCGUCGGACGUCCGCGCGCCGUUGACCGCGGCCAUCUUGCGCACCGCGUUCGGCGUCGCGCCGACGCACCUGACGUGGUCCGAGAGCGCGAACGACGUCGUUCGAGACUACCUGUUCAGCGUCGGGAACGAUCCGUUCGGCGACCUCUCCGGCGGCGGCGCGCGGCGGACGCUCCCGUUCCACGUCGCGGACGCGAUGGAGCGCAACGCGGUGUUCGGAUCCAUCGCGCGAUCGGUUCGCGACGCGACGCGCGUCCUUCGCGCGGUGGAGAAGCUCAGGUGGAGAGGCGACGACAGAGAGGUGAGGGACGACCCCGAGCGAAGGCUCUUGCCGAGCGCGAGAGACCGAGACGAGUACGACGCGAGAUGGGCCGUGGUCGGGUACAAGCGCACGCGCGCGCUCGCGUCCGCGGCGAUGCACGCGCACGCGGACGCGAUGUACCACGCGGAGUCGAUGGCGAGGGACGUGGAGGCGAUCGUCGCGAUCGUGAAGCGCGCGUCGGAGAAGCUCGAGCCGACGUUGGAGUGCUUCGAAGACGCGCAAGGGGGGGCGUCUUUUCUCUCGCUUCGACGCCCCGGGAGGGCGGCGAGCGCGGCGGUCGCGCUCGCCGCCGCCACGUGGGCGCUCAACCGCGCGCGAAUUCGCGCGGCGGCGUGGUGGGAGGUGAAGAUCUCGAAGCAGUUCUAGAUGCGAUAGACGUCGUCAGUCAUUUCGCGCGUAUUAGGUAUCGCGUCAAUCGUCGCGACGGACGCGAGCGUUGGCGUUCCUUUCUUUCUCUCUUCAAGAGGCUUCUUCGCUCGUCGUCCCCUUGUCGCCCUCCCGCGGCAGCAACGCCUCCAGCGACUCCCUCUCCUGCGCGCUGAGCGCAGCCUCGACGUCGUCGAUCGAGUCCAUGCUCAGGACGUCCUCGGCGAAGAACACCUCGUUGAACUUCGUCUUCGGCGGCGGGCCCUUAAACCCCCGUCCGCCGCUCAUGCGUUUACUCCGGUAAUACUCGUGCGUGUUGAGUAUCGUCGCUCGCGUGACCAGCCCCGCGAGCUUCCACGCCUUCUUAUCGUCCUCGUAGUUGGCGACGACCGGGAUGCACCCCUCGCCGUUCUCGACGAGUAUCCUCUCGCACUCGCUCACGGGCGUCGUCAGCGUGACCGCAGAUCGAAGCUUCAUGUACCCGCUCACCGGCCGAUCGAGCUGCCCUUUGAUCGCGGCGACGUCAACCUCCGUGAUCGACACCACGCCCACGAGAACGCCGUCGUCGGAGAUGACCGGGCACGACCUGUGCCCGUGUUCCCUCUCGAGGAGGCCGCCCACCUCCCCCAUCGUCAUCGACGGCCGCGCGCUGACGACGUUCGCCGCGCGUUUCAUGACGUCCCCCGCCGUCUUCUGCGGCGGCACCUGCGUCGCCA